AUGCUUAUUCCUGGUCCUAAAGGACCCGGUGAUGCAAUUGACAUAUAUUUGCAACCAUUGAUCGAGGAAUUAAAAGAUCUAUGGGACACUGGUGUCGAGACCUUCGAUGCAGCAACUCAACAUCAUUUUAAUUUACGUGCAGCACUGAUGUGGACAAUUAAUGAUUUUCCAGCAUAUGCCAUGUUGUCAGGAUGGAGUACUAAGGGUUAUUUGGCAUGCCCUCGUUGCCUUAAGGAUACACGAUCAAUGAGACUAUCUCAUGGGGGCAAAGAAUGCUACAUGGAGCAUAGAUGUUAUUUGCCAAAGAACCAUAGAUGGCGGAAGGAUAAGGAUUCAUUUGACGGAAAAGUUGAGCAUGGUCUACCUCCUGAACCUUGUUCAAUUGAUGAAAUUCUUCGUCAACUCGAGGAUCUCGAGAACAUUGUUUUGUCCAAGGAUCCACAUGUGAAGACAAAAAUAAAUCAUGAGCUUAGGGGUGAUAAUUGGAAUAAGAAAAGUAUUUUCUUUGAGCUUCCAUACUGGAGGAAACAUUUGUUACGGCACAAUUUAGAUGUGAUGCAUAUUGAGAAAAAUAUAUGUGAUAGUGUUCUUGGGACAAUUAUGAACAUCAAAGGGAAGACUAAAGACACUAUAAAAUCACGUCAUGACUUGGAAGCUAUGGGGAUAAGGCCCACAUUGCACCCAGUCAAAGAAGGGGACAAAUAUAAGAUGCCUCCAGCACCGUUUACUUUUUCUCCUGCCGAGAAGCAAAGAUUUUGUAAUUUUUUGAAAGAGUUAAAAGUACCUGACGGUUUUUCAUCGAAUAUAUCUUACUGUGUCAACACUAAGGAAGGAAAAAUUUCAGGUUUAAAGAUCCAUGAUUGCCAUGUAAUACUCGAACAUCUUCUUCCUUUGGCAAUACGUGGUCUACUCACUCCACUUGUACGCGAAGCACUGAUUGAGCUAUCACGGUACUUUACCUUAUUAUGUGCUAAAGUACUUAAAGUGAGUGAAUUGAAGCAACUAGAGACCCAAAUUCCUAUCACUCUCUGCAAAUUAGAGAAGGUUUUUCCUCCCUCGUUCUUUGAUGUAAUGAUGCAUUUGCCAAUUCAUUUAGCCGAUGAAGCUAUGAUCGGAGGUCCUGUUCAGUUCAGAUGGAUGUAUCCUAUUGAACAAUAUAUGUAUAAGCUUAAAUCUUAUGUACGAAAUAGGGCUCAUCCAGAAGCUUCAAUUGCGGAGGGCUAUUUAGCAGAUGAGUGUAUGACCCUUUGCUCAAGGUAUAUGCAUAAUAUAGAAACAAGAUUUAAUCGCCAGGAACGAAAUUAUGAAAAUGCAAACGGCAGUGAUGAAGCCUUGGAUAUUUUCAGCCAUUCUGGUAGAGGUUUAGGAGCUCCAACUGUUAUAAGUGUUCCCAGGCGUGAAAUGGAUCAAGCUCACGAUUACAUUUUGAAGAACUGCGACGAGGUUCAACCUUUCCUACAAGAGUAUUCUGAAACUCAUCCAAUAGAUGAUUCUGGGAUCACCGAAGAGGAAUGGAGCGAGAAUUUUAGAAAAUGGUUUAAGGAUGAAGUUGCGCUCUUAUAUGAGAAUAAUAAGAGCAAGGAAAUGGAAAAUCUCCUCUCACUUUCACGUGGACCAACUGAAUAUGUAACAUCUUUUAGUGGUUAUGUUGUAAAUGGAUACAGAUUUCGUACACAAAACCGUGAUAAGAAUUUGAGAACACAAAAUAGUGGCGUGGUUGUCUUAGGAAAUACGGGUGAUGGAGAUGAGAACAUGGAUUAUUAUGGAGUUGUAACAGAAAUUGUAGAGAUACAAUAUCUCGGAGGAAACCGGAUUGUGCUAUUUCGGUGUAACUGGUGGGAUGUAUUUGAUAAGGUAAGAGGAAUCAAAGAAGAUGAAUAUGGAACCAUUAGUAUUAAUUGCAAUAGGCAAUUAAAAACUGAUGAACCAUUUAUCUUAGCUAGUCAGGCAAGACAAGCUUUUUAUGCCACUGAUAACAUUAACAAAGGUUGGGUUAUUGCAUCCAAGACUCAACCGCGCAACUUGUUAGAUGAUGACAGUGAUGUUGAUGAGCAAAGUGAAGCAUACCAACAGAGUGAAUUUGAUAGACCAACAUAUGUUGCAUCUUCCUCUACAAGUGCAAGCAGUGAAAUCUGUAGAAGUCGGGCUGGCAUAGAUCCCAUUAUUGUGGAAGAUAUUUCAAUCAAAAGUGGAGAAAAACAAGCUCCUGUGAAGAGGAGAAGAGAGGAAUGA